GCCGGGCCGGGCGCGGGGACCUGCCGGGCGCGGGCGGCCCUGGGCCCGGGCGGCCGCGGCGCAGCGGCGGCGGGACCAUGUCGGUGGCGGGGCUCAAGAAGCAGUUCCACAAAGCCAGCCAGUUAUUCAGUGAAAAAAUAAGUGGAGCAGAAGGAACAAAGUUAGAUGAGGAAUUUCAAGAGAUGGAAAGGAAAAUUGAUGUUACUAAUAAAGCUGUAACAGAGCUUCUGUCCAAAUCCACGGAGUAUCUUCAGCCAAAUCCAGCAUACAGGGCCAAGCUGGGAAUGCUGAACACUAUGUCAAAGAUCAGAGGGCAAGUUAAAACCACAGGCUACCCCCAGACAGAGGGACUCCUGGGAGACUGCAUGAUACGGUAUGGCAGAGAGCUGGGCGAUGAGUCUAUGUUUGGCCUUGCACUACUGGAUGCUGGUGAGAGCAUGAAGCAAAUGGCAGAAGUGAAGGAUUCUCUUGAUAUUAAUGUCAAACAAAAUUUUAUUGAUCCUCUACAGUUACUGCAGGACAAAGAUUUAAAAGAGAUUGGGCAUCACUUGAAGAAACUGGAAGGGCGCCGCUUGGAUUAUGAUUAUAAAAAGAAGCGUUUUGGAAAGAUACCAGAUGAAGAAGUUAAACAAGCAGUAGAAAAAUUUGAGGAGUCAAAGGAACUGGCUGAAAGAAGCAUGUUCAAUUUCUUAGAAAAUGAUGUAGAACAAGUCAGCCAGUUGGCUGUGUUUGUAGAAGCAGCACUAGAUUACCAUAAACAAUCCACAGAAAUUUUGGAGGAUCUGCAGAGCAAGCUGCAAAACCGAAUAAAUGUAGCAUCUAGUCGGCCUAAGCGUGAAUUUAAGCCAAAGCCUGUAAUAACUACAACUCUGGAAGUUGGUGAUAAUCAGCAGCACAAUGGAAUUGCCUAUAGUUCUUCCAUAAAAUCAUCAGGUUCUUCAGUGCACAUGGAUCAGCCUUGCUGCCAAGCUCUCUAUGACUUUGAGCCAGAAAAUGAAGGCGAGCUUGGGUUUAAGGAAGGGGACAUCAUAACUUUGACCAAUCAGAUUGAUGAGAAUUGGUAUGAGGGGAUGUUAAAUGGAGAGUCUGGCUUCUUCCCCAUUAAUUAUGUUGAAGUGAUAGUUCCCUUGCCUCAGUGAUUGUGUCAUUCGAGCUGUGAACAUGAUUUCAUGACUGAAAUGGAUUCACAAAUGUUCUGUCAGUGUGGCAUUCUGUGAAAGCCUUGCUAUUUGACUGACUUACUGACUUUUGUAUGCGUCUUUUUAAAAUGUAUUUAUUUUAUAUUCAAAAAAAUUUCACCUUCCCUGAUUUGUCAACCUGCAAAAAAACCCAUACCCAGUUUUUUUGCUUUGUGCCUUGAAGAUCACUGUAUGGAGUGUUUACUGGUAGCUCACUGUUGCUCCAAAAAUGCAUUUCCUUGCUAUUAUUGUAUGUGGAUUUUUUUUAAUCUUUGGCUGCAAUGAUUUUACUAUUGAAAACCAUUUUAAAAAUUACUGUUAGUGAAGCUAACUGUAACCAGUUCUUAAGUUACUGAUGUCAUUGAGCUGUUUUCAUCUAUCACACCAUAAUUUAUUGUGGACAAGUUAAUUCAUAUUUUGCAUUGUAUGUUGACAAAAGGCAAAGUGGUUGUUGUCAAUGUUAAGAUGAUGUUGUACUAAGUACAAGUUCUCAGCAUUGAAAAUUGGUAUAAUUUACUGACCAAACUGAAUAAAUAUUUCUGUGGGAUAAGAA